AACCGGGGCGGGCCAUUCUCCACUAUCAAGGCUGUUUUGUCUGUGCGCUCGUCGGCGUCAUCCCUGGGCGGGACAGGGCGGGGAGAGAGCGAGGCGCGCAUUGUGCCAAGGGCGCCCCAAUCUCGCGCGCCAUCGCGCCAUCGCCGCCUUGGAGGGAUCGGCGCCAGGUCUUUAGAGGUACUGUAGAGCUAGAACUCGCGGCCGUGCAUGCGCAGGGAAGGGAUUCCAGCUCGAAAUAUCGGCAAUGCGGCACGAUCUAGGCGGGGUGUAGAUCCGGAAGCGAGGGAUUAUGGCGGUGUCGGCGUUUAGAUCCACGACGCGGAGGGAAUUUCAAGAAAACCAGGGCCAGGGUCAUAGAAGGGGGAGCAGCCACUCGGAAUCGGGGUCCGUGCUGGACAGCACUAGCAACUAUCAGGAUGCGUCGUCUCAGAGGGAUUCGGACCAGGAGAGCUACGAGCCCGGGCCUUACAAUCGCCAUCUUGCCAGUGACUCAGAGAGUGAAGCUUCGAGUAUCAUCGAUAGGUUCCGGCAGACGGAGAUAAGUCGCAAUGCCGCCACCAUUCCACGGUUCCAGCAAAGUACUGCAAGCGCACGAGGGAGGCAGAGAAGUAUAGAGCCCAGCCGGAGGAGUGACUCGAGAGGUCCGGAAGUGAGGCGUAGAAGCGAAUCGCAAGAGCCUGGUCUCAGGCGGCAAAGUAGCGACUUUUCAAGGCCCAGGAGGAGUGAGUCGCAGGAGCCUGGUCUUCGGCGGCAGAGCGUGGAACCAUUGGGUGGCAGGCAAAGUUCCAGCGAAUUACUGCUAAAUAGUAGUGACUCCGGAGUCUACACACGAGGUCGGGAGACAAGUUUGAGCCGGCAAGGAAGAAGCCAAUCCAAGGAACCAAGCAUUAGACGCGAGUCACAGGAGCCCCGGCAAGGCAGGAGCAGCUCGAAAGAACCCGGUGCGAGGAGCGGAAGAAACGAGGAACGUGACAGAAGCACCUCGAAAGAACCCGGUGCAAGGAACGGAAGAAACGAGCUACGUGAACUUGCGGGGAACAGGGAUGAGGAAGACGAGUCAGAACGACGAGGCAGAAGUUCUCAAAGAGCAGGCAUUGUUUUUACAUCCAGGAGUACAUCCCAAGAGCCAAGGAGGAGCAGUUCCUCAAAGGAGCCUAUCGGUAGGUACAGGAGAAGUGAGUCGCAAGGCCCGGGGCAUCGAGGCGGCACUGCUGGGGAACACCCUGGAACUGACAUCCAAACCGAGGAAAGAACAAUCAGAGCUGUGCAUGCACAAUUGAAGCCAAUGGAUCCCCCGGCUGGAGAUGUCGAUGAAGCCGACCUCUAUGGGAUAAUGCGUGAAGAAGUCCGCAAAGCUGUAGCCGAUCUUAAGGCGGAAAUCGAACAGUCUUUAGAGAAGGAUAUGCUAACGCUGGUUGCAUCGAAAGGGGAUGUAGCGGAGUCAGACGUUCGACAAAAGUAUGCAGAAAAAUUGGAGCAGUCGGAGAUCAGAACUCAGGAGCUACUGUCACAACUUGCUAAAGAAGAAGAAACGCGUCAUGAACUUGCCAAACUAGUCAAAGGCAGACCUUCACAUGAUAAGCCCGCCGAGCAGCCAAAACGUAAAACUAGAAGGGGUGUUGAAGAAAGAGCAACUAUAUCGAAGGCCCUUGACGAAGAAGCACAAAAGUACUUUGAAGAGUUUGCUUCUAUUUCGACGUCCGAAACAGAAGAAUCACUGGAUGGAAGACCGUCGAAGUCGGGAAAGAGGCUUGUUGCUCAAAGUUCCAGGAAUGCCACAAGCCACAGGAAAUCGCCGUCAAGAAAGCAGGUGCCUAGCCGAAGUGAGGAGUUUCCUCGGUGGAAAACAGGGGCAGUGGCAGUAAAUACAGAUGGCGUAGUGACCCCUUGGUUGGAUUGGGAAACAGAUUCGGCAGAUGUACGUUCAUUUCGGGUACUUGGUGGUGUACUGACGCAACUUUUGGACUUCCAGGCAACUGCAACUGCUAUAUCAGAUUUUAACUGGGACUCACUAGGUCCGUCUUCAAGUCUAGCUGACUUUGACAGCGUUCGUGUAUCCGAGGAGCCCGCGCUACAGAGAAUACGAUUUGAGGGAAGGAUAGGAGCAGGCAGGAUACAUCUUUGCAGGACUGAAUUUUGAAACGUGAGACCAGUGGCUUAGGCAUUGGUCCCGAAAUAAGCUCGUCAAAAAUAUUUCUUAUAUGAUGAUUC